UUUUUUUUUUUUUCUUGUUAAAUAAUCCUUUCAACAUGGAGAAAAUCGAUCUGACUUUAUCUAAUCCUGAUCCUGAUGACUGGUUAUCUCAACGUUCCUUGACUCCAACCACUUACGGCACAAUUGAAAGAAAUAGAAGAAAUAUUGAUAUUUCCUUCAGUAGCCAGUCUUCCAACUUACUCUCUGAACGUACCUUUACGCCGACUUAUUACAAUGGAAACUACAGUAUUCCUUCAAUACCGUCAACUUCAUAUGACCUGUACUAUGAAUCAACAAGCGAACUUUCAACAAUGCCGCCUUCCUCUCUUGCACCUUCCGAAUCGACUUCUUCCGUCGCGUAUGAUAGAAACAUCAGACAAACUUCUCCCAUUGAAUCAGCAAGAAAAGCAGAAAAACGACCAGCUAUACAGUACUCUCCAUCUUCUAUUCUUCGUUUAUUACAAAGUCCCAAACGUCAUAAGACCGACACAACCAUACAUACUCAACCAUUUCAACAGAGAACCUCCUACCUUUCGCCACAGACUAGUAACAAGACUAAUAUAAAACUAUCUUCAACAAUCAGCAGGCACCAGCAACAACCAGCACUGGAAACACAAACAACUGAAAAAAGUUCUUUCCGCUGUGAUAAAAGUAUCAACAUAUCGGAUAAUACCCACUCUCCACUACCGCUAUCACCAUCCCAGCAACGAAAAAGACGAACACCAGCCCGAUCGGUUACAGCUCCUCAUUCGUCGCGACCUGUAAAUAGCUUCCAGCAUCAACAUUCUACUUUGAUGGCUAUUACUGAAGGUUGUGGAGUCGCUACUGAAAUUGGUAUUUGCACUAUUCAUAUGUCAAGUAGUGAAUGCAUGAUAGCUCAGAUAUCCGAUCUUCCUACUUUUACCAAGACCAUGCAUAAAAUCUAUUUGGCGAAUCCUUCCAAGAUUUUGGUGCCUGUAUCAGUUAUGGAUCAAAGAUCGAAACUUUUGGAAUUGAUAGAAAAACAUUUUCCUACUAUCCAACUCACAUCAUUACCCCGGAAAGAUUUUAAUGAUGAAGACGGAAUAGCCUUCAUCAAGAAAUAUGGAAUGGAAGUAAACGUACCUUCUCUGACUCAUGCACUUUCCACAAAAUAUUACUGUUUGGCCGCUGUAGCUGCAUUAUUCAAGUACCUGGAAAAUCGUGACGGAUGGACUUUUUCUGAACAUACACUCAAAUUUAUAUAUGGAACUGUAAAAGGAGUAAUGAUGAUAGAUGCGAUCACGGCAAAAAACUUGGAACUUGUCAAUAAUAUGAACAAAUCACACAGCAAAGAGACGCUUUUUGGUGCAAUGAACCAUACAACGACUCCUAUGGGUGCACGACUUUUACGUACAACUAUUCUACAACCUUGUACCGAUCUUGAAACUAUUUAUGCAAGACAUGAAGCGAUACAGCAAUUGUUGACAGAUGAAGCAAAUUUCUUUUCUUUGACAUCCAAUCUCAAACGUCUCACUGAUCUAGAUCAUAUCAUAUCUGCCAUCAUCAAAACUCUACGUCCGAAUACAAGUCAACAACAAGACAACAUUGUCCAUCUAGCAGAGUGUAAAUUGAAUCAUAUCAUCACACUCAAGAAUGCACUAAAUACCAUUGAACAACUCUCUCAUGCAUUAGCACCUUAUGUGAACAAUCCUCUUUUACACAAGAUCAAGCAAGUUGUCUCACACGAAAAAUUGAAUGUGUUCAGACAACUUAUUCAAGAAACUAUCAAUGAAGAUAUUGGAAUUGAAAAAACAAGUCUAGGUAUUCGAAAUCAACGUUGUUAUGCAAUCAAGUCUGGUGUAAAUGGUCUUCUGGAUGUCGCUCGUCAAACAUACAAAGAAGCCAUCGAAAGUAUUUAUGAUACGGCCACUGAAUAUUGUGAGUCUACAAAGUUAAGUUUAAAGCUCCAAUUUGAUACUGAACGAAAAUUCCAUCUAUGUCUUCCUCUGAAUGCUCUCACCGAUACUCUACCAUCAUUCUUUAUCAAUAUUGCCAAGAAGAAAAAAACUAUCACUUUUACGUCUUUGGAACUGCUUCAAAAAAAUAGCCGGGUGGAAGAGUCGUUAUCAGAAAUACUUUUGAUGUCGGAUAGAUCUGUCAGUGAUUUGUUAAAAAAGUUUCAAACCAAUAUUGAUAUACUAUACAAAGUAUCUGAAUCCAUCGCAUUACUUGAUCUCCUUCUCUCUUUUGCGUCUGGCUGCAUGAUAUCUGAAAAAGUUCGUCCUGAGUUUACACGGACAUUGGCGAUCAAAUCAGGCAGACAUCCCAUCUUGGAUACUAUUGAUACCAACGAUACCAUACCGAAUGACACAUUUGCUUCCUUGUCCAGCACUUUUCAAUUGGUCACGGGUCCAAAUAUGAGCGGCAAAUCUACUUAUAUCAAGCAAGUGGCUCUCUUGACCAUUAUGGCUCAUACCGGUUCAUUUGUUCCAGCUGAAUAUGCAUCUUUUAAAUUAGUUACUCAGAUUUUAUCUCGAUUGGCUAAUGAUACAGACAAAACGACAUCAUGUUUUAUGGCAGAAAUGCAGGAAAUGGCUUACAUUUUACAACAUGUCACUGAUUCAAGUCUUGUGAUUAUUGAUGAACUUGGACGCGGUGCUUCACGUCCAGAUGCCAUCGGAAUAGCAACAGCGAUCUCAGAGCAACUUAUUCAGUCAAAGUCCCAGUGCUUCUUCGCAACUCAUCUACUUGAAAUGGCAUCAAACCUUGAAGUUUAUCCCAACGUGGUCAAUUUACAAAUGUUAACAGAAACGGGCCUAUCAACCACCAUGUCCUUUUCACAUAUUGUAAAAGAUGGUCUAUCAACUUUCCCUCACUAUGGCAUCCAUGUCGCCAAGUAUAUGGGAUUAUCACAACAAAUUAUUGAUUAUGCAACUGAAGUUUCGGAUAUACUACAAUCAAGAAACAAUAAAAGUACCAUGGUAAAAGAAGAAUCAAAUAUCUCAGGUUGUGAAAUUAACAAUCAUCGAUACAAGGUUCUUUAUUGGUUUGCGGACAAAAUACUUCAAUUAUCACAAUCAUCACGUAUUGAUACGGAUAUCAAUGUACAGCUUCAACAUAUUCAGUCGCGGUUGAAAGAAUUGCUAAAAUAGGUUGGACCAGUCUUUCUAUACUGUAGUUUUAAUAUGAUCUUUAGUUUAGCAAUUGUUAUAUAUAUAUAUAUAUAUAUAU